CACUUGACAACCCCCAUUCUUCCAUUCUUAACGUAUUUUCCAUUUCCUACCCAAAAAAUAGUCUUCAUUUCAAUUAAUAACCAAUAUAAAAAGGCUCUAAAACAAGUUUAAUUUCUCAUUAAAAAUCCUCAAAAUUGUCUUUGAUUAAUCUUAAUUAAUGGCGUCAAGAUUUGAGGUAGAGGUGACCUUGUCAUCAGCCAAGGACCUCAAGAACGUUAACUGGCGUCACGGCCCGAUAAAGCCGUACGCCGUCAUGUGGUUCGACCCGGCCCGUAAAAUAACGAGUCGGGUCGACGAGGAGGGCGACACCACCCCACAUUGGAACCAAACACUCGUUAUCCCCCUCGAUCGCCCCAUAGAAGACGCCACCCUCCACAUCGACAUCGUCCACGCGUACGCCGACGAGGACACCAAGCCGCUCAUCGGCUCCGCUAAACUGCCGCUGAGAGAGGUGGUUGAUGACGUGGGUGUUGGCGGUCGGCUUAAUCGGAGCUUAAAGCUAAAACGGCCAUCAGGAAGGCCGCAUGGGAAGGUUGAGGUUGAGGUGGUUGUACGUCAGCCACGGUACCACGCCCCUGAUCCGUACGGUGCGCUACCGUAUGGAGUCGCAUCUAAGGAUGCAGGAUACGGUGGCGCGCCCUAUAUGGCCCCACCAACAGGGUAUCCCCACAUGGCACCACCACCUGGUGGCUCUGGGGGCUAUCCUUACGGACAGCCCGCUUACGCGCCGCCUUCAUACGGACAACCAGCUUACGCGCCGCCGUCAUACGGGCAGCCAGCUUACGGGCAGCCUGGAUACGCGCAGCCGAGUUACGGGCAGCCAGGCGGUGGUGGGUACGGGUACGGGCAGGUGGCGGAGGAGAAGAAGAAGGGUGGUAAAUUUGGAGGGAUGGGGACAGGAUUGGCUGUGGGUGCGGUUGCAGGGGCGUUGGGUGGACUUGCAUUAGUUGAAGGGUUUGAUAAAUUGGAAGAUCAUAUUGCCGAUGAGGCGGCGGAGAAGGUGGAGGAUGAUCUUGCUGAUGGUGGUUAUGAUGAUGGGGAUUAUGGCGGUGGUGAUGAUGAUGGAUGGUAGAUGAUUGAUUAUUUGAUUUGAGUUUAUUCUUAAUGUCUAAGCUAAUUACAUCUGAUUAUUACUCCUUCCUUGAAUUUUACAUUUGUGUCCUUGUAUAUUGUUUGAGUAGCAUUUUGUGAUGUUAUGAUUAAAAAAAAAAAAAAAAGUGGAAUAAAGUUUUCUACUUUAAAUUUGGUCCAA